AACAAAAAAAAUCAAAAACCCUGCGGUCACACUCAACAACACUCUCACCAAUCACCAAAAUACUCUCGGACUCGAAAGAUCCCUUCUCUCACUCAGUCUCUCUCUUUCUUUCCCUUCAAAAACCUCUCUCCCACUCACAAAUGGAAGAAGAAGACCAGCAAAAAGUCGCAGAUCUGAUCAAAGAGCUCGUCAUUCGCUUGAUCUCACAAAACCCCAACUCUGAAUCUCACCCACCAACUCCCAACUCCCCUCAAUUUCAAAGCUCACUUCGCUACGCGUUUCGGUUGAUCUCGAGUCGAUUAACUCCAUCUGUUUCUCCAGAUGCCGCCGCCAUAGCCGAGUCCACCAAGCGCCGCCUCGCCACUCAAGGUAAGUCCUCGCAAGCGCUCACUUUCGCCGACCUUUAUACUAAAUUCGCAUCGAAAACCGGACCAGGAAGUGUAAAUAACAAAUGGGCAGUCCUUUAUUUGCUCAAAAUUAUAUCUGAGGAUCGAAAAAAUGUGAAAUCCCAGUUGGAUUAUUCGGUUUUGUUGCCCAAUUUGGCGUUACACGACGGUGAAUUGGGCAACGAGUCGAGGGUUUUGUUAGGUAAGGGAAAUAAGGAGAAGGGUUGGAACAAUGGGGUUUUGUUAGUUUCGAAAGACCCGGAAAAUCUUCGGGAAAUUGCAUUUAGAGAGUUUGUGAACUUGAUUAAGGAAGAAAAUGAAGUUUCUGAAGAGGUUUUGGUGAGAGAUGUGUUGUAUGCUUGUCAAGGCAUUGAUGGAAAGUAUGUGAAAUAUGAUUCUGGUGCUGAUGGCUAUGUUUUAUCGGAUUUGAUUAAGGUUCCGAGAGCAAUCCGCCUUAUGGUUCGAAAGCUCUGUGAAUUGGGGUGGUUGUUUAGGAAGGUUAAAGGGUAUAUUUCAGAGAGUAUGGAUGGGUUUCCAUCUGAAGAUGUUGGAACCGUUGGUCAGGCCUUUUGUGCUGCAUUACAAGAUGAGCUCUCCGAUUACUAUAAGUUGUUGGCAGUGCUUGAAGCACAGUCAAUGAAUCCAAUUCCUUUGGUUUCAGAGACAGCGAGCUCGGGGAAUUAUCUUUCGCUGAGGAGGUUGUCUGUAUGGUUUGCAGAGCCAAUGGUGAAAAUGAGGUUGAUGGCCGUUUUGGUUGAUAAAUGUAGGGUUUUAAGGGGUGGGGCAAUGGCUGGAGCUAUUCAUUUGCAUGCCCAGCAUGGUGAUCCAUUGGUGCACGAGUUCAUGGGGCGCUUACUCCGGCGGGUGUGUUCUCCGCUAUUUGAGAUGGUGAGGAGUUGGGUUUUGGAGGGAGAGUUGGAAGAUGUUUUUGCAGAAUUCUUUGUUGUUGGUCAGCCAGUGAAAGCUGAGUCUCUUUGGAGGGAAGGUUACCUGCUCCAUGCUGGGAUGCUUCCUUCUUUUAUUUCACAAUCUCUUGCGCAGCGCAUUCUGAGGACUGGCAAGUCAAUCAAUUUCCUUCGUGUCUGUUGUGAGGACCGUGGUUGGGCUGAUGCUGCAACAGAAGCGGCAGCUGCUGCUGGUACCUCAACAAGAAGAUGGGGUCUUGGAUAUGGUGAAACUGAUGCUCUUGAGUCUUUGGUCGAUGGAGCAGCAAAAAGAGUUGAUAAGCAUUUGUUAGAUGUUAUUUACAACCAGUAUAAGUUCAAAGAGCACUGUCUUGCAAUAAAGCGGUAUUUGCUGCUUGGACAGGGUGACUUUGUUCAGUAUCUAAUGGAUAUUGUCAGACCAGAGCUUUCUGAGCCCGCUAACACUAUAAGCUCUUUUCAGCUAGCUGGGUUGCUGGAAACUGCAGUCCGAGCAUCUAAUGCUCAGUAUGAUGAUCGUGAUAUAUUGGAUAGGUUAAAGGUAAAGAUGAUGCCACAUGGAACUGGUGAUAGGGGCUGGGAUGUAUUCUCAUUGGAAUAUGAUGCAAGAGUUCCUCUAGAUACUGUUUUUACGGAGUCUGUGAUGGCAAAGUAUUUAAGAAUUUUUAAUUUCUUGUGGAAGCUUCGACGAGUAGAGCAUGCUCUUAUUGGUGCUUGGAAAACGAUGAAACCAAAUUGUAUCACUUCGCGUUCCUUCAUGAAGCUGCAGCAUGCAGUUAAGUUGCAGUUGCUCUCAACUCUGAGGCGAUGCCAGGUUCUUUGGGAUGAGAUGAAUCAUUUUGUCUCAAACUUGCAAUACUAUAUUAUGUUUGAAGUCUUGGAGGUGUCAUGGUCCAACUUUUUGAAUGAAAUGGAGGUGGCCAAGGACCUUGAUGAUCUACUUGCUGCACAUGAAAAGUACCUCCAUUCGAUUGUGGAGAAAUCCCUCCUUGGAGAACGUUCCCAAACCCUUUACAGUUCACUCUUUGCCUUGUUUGAUCUUAUAUUGAAAUUCCGAAGUCAUGCAGAUCGAUUGUCUGAAGGAAUUAAUGAGUUGCAAGCAAGAACCUUGGAAUCCUCUGUACCAUCUCGAAACAAGAGUAAAACAAAAAAGCAAUUAAAUGAUACAUCAGAGCCUGGGUCCUGGGUCAGUGAGGGUAGGAAGGCCCUCACACAACGUGCUGGUGAAUUUCUUCGGAAUAUGGAACAAGAUCUAGAUGCACUAUCAAAAGAAUAUUCAUCAUUGCUUGAGGAUUUUAUUUCUAAGUUGCCCAUGCAGCAGCAUGUUGAUUUGAAGUUCCUCCUAUUUCGGCUUGACUUCACUGAAUUUUAUAGCCAAUUGCGUCCUAGUACGUAGAAAAUAUGUUCAUACAUACGAGUCAAAACAAUGUGUCUACAACUCCUGACAUGAUCAAACCAGUUUUAGUUCAUUCAUUGUCCCUGCUCGUGUGGUUGAACAAUCAUGCUGUCACUGGCUGACGGGCCAAUUCACUUUAUAUUGCUUGUUUGUUAGAUGGUGUUUGCUUCUUUCUGGAUGGCCUGUGUGGAAGAUUUACAGUUGACUUGAAGAUAUAUUGCAUCACUAGAUCAGGGUGUGAAAUUUGAUUGUGUACACGUAUUGUAGCUGAUGAUUUUCGAAGUUUUUUUUCUUGGUGAGUUUUUGCAGCUUUGUGGGCUGCCCUUCCAUUAGAUUUAGAGCUUGUAUAUCUGUAUCAUAGUUCUUGAUUAGAUGAAUGACAGAUAAUGAGUGCUAACUUUUUGCAUCUUUAUUUUCAUAUUUUCGUCCGCUAUUUUUUAUGCCCCCUGUAAUUCCCUCUGCCGUUGCUGUAUAGUUAAAGGCACAGGAUUUCUUAAGCAAUGGGGCAUGAGAUUUCCUUGCAAUGUGUACUCGUUCUCUUCUCAACAAGUCGUUAUAAGCUUAUAUAGAAAACAUGGUUUGCAUAAGGAGGAGCUAAACUUGAAAAGAGGAGCUUUGGUUGGAUGUAUACUAUAUACAGUGAUGUCUUGCUUGUUAGAACUUGUAGUUUAGGAUUUAGGGUUGUAGUUGCCGUAGACCUCUUUAAUAAUUUUGUUUUUGGAUGAUCGGCCUGAAUGCAAGUUUUUCAUCUGGGUGGAUA